AUGCCACGGGUCAAAAAACCAGGCCCAGCUAAAGGCAAAGGCAAAGGCAAAGGCAAAGGCAAAGGUCUUGCUGAUGAAGUCAUGGAUCGAGCAACCCAAGGUCGAAAGCAGCCCGCUACUGUAAAGACCCUCCCAAAAAAGAAGAAGAAAAUCCGUCGCUCCAAGCCAGGAACUGUCGCCCUUAGAGAAAUCAAGAAAUAUCAAAUGGGGGGAUCCCUCCUCAUUCCAAAGCGUCCUUUUCAACGCCUGGUUAGAGAUAUAGCCCAGGAGAGGGUUAACGACAUUCGAUUCCAGCCCUCAGCGAUUGGGGCACUUCAAGAAGCCUGUGAGGCAUUCCUCGUUGGGGUCCUUGAAGAUACAAACCUCUGCGCUAUCCACGCCAAACGUGUCACCAUCCAGUGCAAGGAUGUACAGCUGGCUCUUCGGAUUCGAUUUGGCCGGUGUCCAGCGAGCGAUGGGCGUUCCAUGUUCUUCACUGUGUAA